AUGGCAGGCCAGGACAAGAAAAAGUCCAAGAAGGCCGGCGGAGCCGCGCCGGUGAUCACCGAUCCCCGUUUUGCCAAUAUCCAGAGUGACCCUCGUUAUCGCCUGCCCAGCAAGCGUCAGACCCAUGUGAAACUUGACAAGCGUUUCCAGCAUAUGCUCGACGACAAGGACUUCUCCCGCAAUGCCGCCGUCGACAGAUAUGGUCGCAAGCUCGCCCGUGAUGAUACCAAGAAGCAGCUCAAGAAGUUCUACCAGAUUGACGAGGAUGAGGAUGAGAAGGCCGAAGACGAAGACAAAGUCAGCAUUGCCGACGAUGACGAAAUCGAAAAGGAGUUGAAGCGGGUCGAGGGUCGUUCAUUUGAUCCCGCCCGUGACGGUGGUUUCUCUGAGUCUUCAUCAGAGGAAGAAAGCUCCAGUGAUGAGGAAGAAGAGGUGGAAGCCGAAGAAGAGGAAGAAGAGCUCGAAUUCCCAGACAAGCAGCAGGCCGACGUGCCGCUGGGCGAGGUCUCAACGCGGAUAGCUGUCGUCAACCUCGACUGGGAUAACAUUCGGGCCACAGAUCUCAUGGCCGUCUUCUCCAGCUUCCUUCCUGCCGGAGGCCGUGUUAUGAAGGUUGCAGUCUACCCCAGUGAAUUUGGAAAGGAGCGCAUGGAGCGAGAAGAAAUCGAAGGUCCUCCGAAGGAGAUCUUUGCAUCGUCGAAGCAAGAUGUCAUCGAGGAUGAGGAUGAGGGGCUUGACUCCGAGGAGGAGGAGGAGCAAAUCAAGAAGUCUAUGCUAAAGGGCGACUCUGGAGAGGAGUUCAACUCUACUAAAUUGCGCAAGUACCAGCUUGAACGCCUGCGCUACUACUACGCUAUCCUCACAUUCUCCUCCAAGGACGCUGCCAAGCACGUCUACGAUCUUGUGGAUGGCGCGGAGUAUUUAUCUAGCGCCAACUUCUUCGACCUUCGCUUCGUGCCCGACGAGACCGAUUUCGAUGACGACAAGCCCCGAGACGAUUGUACCCGAAUCCCUGACGGUUACAAGCCCAACGAGUUUGUGACAGAUGCUCUACAACACAGCAAAGUCAAGUUGACAUGGGACGCGGAUGACAAGACUCGCAAGGAGGCUCAGGCUCGGGCUUUCCGUGGUUCGCGAAAAGAUAUCGACGAGAACGACUUGAAAGCAUACCUCGGAAGCGACAGCUCCGAUAGCGAGGACGAGGAGGAUGGAGGCGUGGAAGUGGUAGAUGCUGGCGAGGGUACAACCAGCAACCUUUCGAAGCGAGAGGCCGAGAGACAGCGCAUGCGAGCGCUGCUUGGUCUGAGCACGGAGCCUACUCGCUCUUCCAAGUCGGCUGGUCCCGUUGGCGAGAUGGAAGUUACGUUUACAUCCGGUCUUGCUGGAGGUCACGGCAAAGAUAGCAUCUUUGAGAACGAGCCAGAAGUUGAAGAGAGCACGCUCGACAAGUACGUGCGGAAGGAGCGUGAGCGCAAGAAGCGCCGAAAGGAGAAGCUCAAAGCUAAGAAUGAAGAUCCAUCUGCUGAGGGUGAGGAUGCUGAGAGUCAGGAUGAAUCAGCUCCUGCUCCCGAGGCGCCGCAAGACACGGAGGAAGACCUGGGCUUCAACGAUCCCUUCUUCGCCGAAGAUUUCGAUGGCAGGGCCACCUCUGCCGCCCGUCGCAAGGAGGAGAAGCGCAAGAAGCGAGAGGAGCGUGCCGCCGAAGAAGCUGCCUCUGCUGCUCAGCGUGCUGAGCUUGAACUCCUCAUGGUCGAUGACAAAAAGGCCGACAUCAAGCACUUCGACAUGAACGAAAUUGAAAAGGCCGAGAAACAGGCCAAAAAGAAGGGCAAGGGCAAGGGCAAAGGCAAAGGAAAGAACAAGGAGCCUGUUGCUACAGAUGACUUCAACGUGGACGUCGCUGAUCCCCGUUUCUCCCGUCUGUACGACAGCCACGAGUUUGCCAUUGAUCCGACCAACCCCCGGUUCAAGGCGACUUCCGGCAUGAAUGCCCUGCUCGACGAGGGUCGUAAGCGCCGACGCACCCGGGAUGACAGUGAAACCGAGGUCAAAACCGAGACCCGGGAUCGCAAGAAGAAGCAGAAGAAGUCAUUGCAGGAGGCCGGAAGCGAAGAUCUUAAGCGGCUGGUGGACAAGGUCAAGCGGCAGUCGAAGGCAUGA